AUGAUUUUUGUUGGGAGAAUCCUUAAAACUUUUUUAUCAUCAAAAAUUUACCCUCAUUUUGAUAGAAAGUUUAUACAUAAUCCCUGUAAAAUUAAUAAAGUAACUUGUUCACCAAUGUCUAAGUCAGCUUUGUUGAUUCUGGCCAAGGGGGCUGAAGAGAUGGAGUCUAUCAUUACUGUUGAUAUGCUCCGAAGAGCAGGUAUUACUGUAACGUUAGCUGGCUUAGACGGUGGAGAUCCUGUGCUGUGCUCCAGACAGGUGACCGUUGUCCCUGAUAAGUCUCUGUCUGCUGCUCUACAGGACCAGCCACAAUAUGAUGCGAUUAUCUUACCAGGGGGCUUAGAAGGUUCCGACCGCUUGUGUAAGUCUGAAGUUGUGGGCAAGCUACUGAAAGACCAAGAGAAGUCAGGCAGAAUUGUUGCUGCUAUUUGUGCUGCCCCAACAGCCUUUGCAGCCCAUGGUAUCGGUCUCAAUAAACGCGUGACGUCAUACCCGACAACCAAAGACAAGAUCCCUGCAGAUAAAUAUACUUAUGUUGAGGGCGAAAGAGUCGUGGUGGAUGGGAAUGUUGUUACAAGCAGGGGUCCAGGCACAGCAUACUGGUUUGGUUUGAAGCUUAUCGAGUUGCUUGCUGGUAAACCUAAGGCUGAUGAAGUGGAGAAAGCUAUGGUCAUAUCUUCUUACUAA